AUGUCGUCGACGCCGACCCAGAAGAGCAUCAUAGCUCCGCAGCAGCAGACCUCCCCCUACCAUCAGAAGACGGGUCGGACCAGCUACGAGCGAGAUGUGACGGCAGGCCUGCAACCCCCUCCCCCGUCCAUGGGGAGGAUACAGCCAUCCCUGUCGUCGGGACAGCAGCAGAGGUCGGCGGGGAGCUUUAACCCUUCCGUCGCCCCGGGAAGCUUCAGCUCCGACCUGCGCAGCCAGAUGACGUCGAGCCGCGCCGGGAGCCGCAUGGACCUCGGGUACGCGUCCAGCAUCAUGAACAAGGUGGACGAGGAUGAGUCCGUCCCCGGUGGUGGUGGUGCCGGCGGCGGCGGCGGCGGCGGUCCCGCUCCCCUUGCCGCCACUGCCACUGCCACUGCCGAGCAGACUGUCACGGCUCUCAAGGACCGUCUCAACCGCGAACUCAAGAUCCGCGAAGGGAGCGAGAAUAUGCUCGAGGCCCUGCACGCGAAGAAGGCAAAGCAGACGCGCGACCAACGGACCAGGGUCGAGGCCGAGCUCAGCGCCAGCAACCUGCGAAUCAAGGACCUGCGCCAGCGUAUAGCCGAUACCCAGAAGCAGCAGCAGCAGCAGCAGCAGCAGCAACACUACUCCUCGGGCGCCCAGCCCGCCAUGCCGCCCACCCCGACGCGCAACCGCGACAGGGAGCGUGGAUAUCCGAGCUCCCCGCACAGCGUCUCGCGAUCCUGGGCCGGCUCCGACGCCAUGGCUGCCGGGCCCGAGGAGAACAGCAACAGCACCGAGAGCCCCACCUUUGCCCUUGCAGAGCUCCUGCAGGCUCUCGAGGUCGAAGGUAUGACUCCAGAGUACUACGUCAGCAGGGGCAACCUCCUCGUCGACCUGUUCAAGCGCCACCCCACUCUCAAGUACGACCUCGUCUGGUCCGUCUUUGGCCUCCGCAUGCAGGUCAUGCUGCUGAGCGAGAGUCGCGAGGUGGCCGCUGCGGGAUACCGCAUGACUAGAUAUGCCAUCUCGGAUCGGGCAUCACUGAGGAAGAUACGGAGUCUCAACACUGACUACCUCGUUGUCCGAUCCAUCAACAACUACCGCAAGGCCGAUGUCGAGCGAGAGCAGGCCCUCAAGUUCGUCCGUGCCUUUCUCGACGUCAAGGACGGCGUCAAGGAGAUUUCUCGCGCCAUUGUCCGCACCAUUGUGGCCGUCGCCGAGGCUAGUGAAGACCGGCGCCCCAACAUGCAGGCGGUCGACAUGGACAGCGACCGCCUGCGGCCCAUCUGCAUCGAGACCUUGGCCGAGAUCCUGGUCCGCGACCCGCGGCUAGUCCUCGCAUCUGGCGGAAUGGGCCCGCUUUCCGAGGCGCUGGGAGAGGGCACGUACAAGGCGCCCGAGAGCCUGGCUUCUGCCUACCUGUUUCUGCUAGACUCCCCCCAUCGACGCAAGUACGUGCAACCCGGGUACGGCCUCGACGUUCUGUUCACGGCCUUUACGGACCACACGAUCAGCGAUGUCAACGUGCUGAAGCAGAACUCGAGGGCCAUCUACACGGCGCUCAACUCGUGGUCGGGCCUGAUGACCCUGAGCAUGUACGACUGCCGAUCGGUACGGUCGCUGAUCGCCUCCAUGGUCCUCCCCAACGCGACGAUCCGAGAGACGAUCCUCGACCUGUUCUUCUCGCUGCUGCGCAUCAAGCCGCCGGCGUGGGCUACUUCCUUCCUCGCAGGCAGGAGGCUCACGACGUACGGGCGCGUGACCAACCUCAAAGCACCCGGCGACAACAACAGGGCUCGCAGGGGCAGCACGACGGCCUACCUCGAGGAGGACGGCGGAGAGCAGAACUUUGUGGAGCACUACAUUGCGCUGCUGCUGGCCGUCUUCAUCAAGGCCGGGCUGGUGCAGAGCCUGCUGCAGAUGGCGCAGACCGAGGAGGACGCCAUGCUGAAACGCAAGACGACGUUGCUCAUAGGCGAGGUCCUCAAGCUGGCCAGUCGCCUCCUCCCCCCCUCGUGGAGCAGCGAGCUCCAGCUGCUGCCCGAGCUCUUCUCGGCGGCCGCCCAGAUCCACAGCGACGACCGCUUUGUCGCCUCGGGCAUCGUCUACCAGAUCAGCAGUGUCAGCCGCACCCUGUACCGGAGCACGCCCUCGGGAUCCCUGGCGGGCACCGCCGCCCUACCCUCAAGCAGCAGCCUCAGCGACCUGACGUCGUCGCUCCUCGCCGAUGACCAGCAGCAGCAGUCCAAGUCAUCGGGCGUGGGCGGCGGCGGCGGCAUGGUUCUCGACGAUGCGACCUUCCGCCAGCUCCUCAUCGACUCGGGCGUCCUCAACCAUUCGAACUGGGGCAAAUGGAACUGGGAAGUCGUGCUCAAAAUCAUCGGCGGACCGCUCCAGAAUGGCAAGCGCCUCGAGGAGGCUAUCAAGGCGUCCAAGUUCAUGAAGAGGAUCAUGAGCUUCUACCGUCCGUUCAAGUACAAGUUCGCCGAGACGAGGAAUACCCGGAAUACGCAAAAGUAUGUCAGGGUCGGGUGUGCGCUCGUGCACUCGCUGUUGCAGUCGCCGGAGGGCGUCAAGUUCUUGGCGGAUAGUAAGCUUCUCAGGCAGAUGGCCGAGUGCCUGGCUCAGUGUGAUCCGACAAGUGGUCUGACCGCACAGUUCCCCAUGUUCUCCAAGGACCGACUACUCGACACGCUCUGUGGAGGGUACUUCCCGAUGCUCGGUGUCCUGAGCAGCGACGCGCGAGGCCUGCAGCUGCUGGAACGGUGGCGCAUGUUCAACAUGAUGUACCACAUCGUCGACCUGAAGCAGCGGCCGGACCUGAUCAAGCUGCUGCUGUCCAACUUUGACUACAGCGUACAGGGCCACCCGCGGGUGCUGCUGUCCAAGGCGCUGACGGCGGGGACCAAGGACAUACGGAUCCAUGCGACCAACGCGCUGCGCAAGUACGCCAUCCGCCCGUCCCCGACGACGAACGGGUACUCCGGCAUGGACGAGUCCAAGUGGGCGAUCCAGCUGCUGGUGACACAGCUGUAUGACCCCGAGGUGGACGUCUGCUCGACGGCCAUCAAGAUCCUGGAGAAGGCGUGCAACCGCAAGGCAUGCCUGGAGUACAUUGUCGAGUGCCGGCCGUCGCUGGACCACCUGGGAGAGAUUGCGGCGCCGCUGCUGCUGCGGUUCCUGUCGACGUCGAUCGGGUACCACUACCUGGACGGGCUGGACUACAUCAGCAACGAGAUGGACGACUGGUUCCUGGGCCGCAACGACACGUACGUCAGCGUGAUCGAGGCCAGCCUGGCCAAGGCGUUCCUGAUGGGGCCGGAUGACAACGGGGCGGGGGUGGGCGGGAUCGGCGGGCGGAUGGGCCUGUUCUCCGUGGACGAGGCCGAGGCCGAGGCCGACUUCCACGACAGCCACGUGCCGCCGCACUUCUACCGCGAGCUCACGCGCACGCAGGAGGGCUGCAGGCUGCUCAGCGACAAGGGCCACUUUGAAGAGUUUGCCAGCACGAUCCGCCAGCACGGCAUGCAGGUCAAGGACCCGGAGCUCAUGACGAAGCUGAAGGGAUGCCUGUGGGCGGUGGGCAACGUGGGGUCGAUGGAGCUGGGGGCCCCCUUCCUCGAGGGCAGCGACGUGGUGGAGCGCAUCAUCGAGAUUGCCGAGAGGCACGAGAUGAUGAGCCUGCGCGGGACGGCAUUCUUCGUGCUGGGCCUCAUCUCGCGGUCGACGCACGGGCUCGAGAUGCUCUCCGAGCACGGGUGGGACUCCAACACGACCACCAUGGGCCAGUCCCUGGGCUUCUGCAUCCCUAACGACCUGUCAAAGCUGCUGUCCAUCGCACCCUGGAAGCCGGAGAGCAUAGCCGGCAUGACGGUGCUGGACACGCAGCGCACGAUCCAGGAGCAGCCCGAGGCCUGGCCGGCACCAUCGGCGGCAGGUCAGCCAUCCGAGGAGCAGCAGGACCAGCAACAGCAGCAGCAGCAGCAGCAGCAGCAGCAGGCCAACGAGAUCGAAACAGACGAGCGCAUCCUGGAACUCAUCGUCAACCUGGGCAACAUGGUGCUGUACAAGAAGGCCCUGUCGGACCUGCAGCGCAUAAGACAGAAGAAACCUGCUGCCUUCCGGAGCACGGCCUUCUUCAAGAAGGUCAUGGGCCUGAUGGAGUGGAACCACUAUCGUCUGGGUGUUCGUCGAAUGGUGAUUGACCUGUUUGAUAAGCGAGUCAUGUGGCAGAUUGUCUUUGACGAUGAAGAGGAAGAGGGCGAAGAUGAUGAUGAAGAUAACGACUACAACGAUAAUGAAGACCGUGGACGUGAUGGCAGCAGAAGCAGAAGCAGCAGAAGCAGCAGCAGAAGAAGCAGAAACAGAAACAGCAUCAGUAGUGAUGAGGAGGAUGAGAAGCAGGAGCGGGAGCAUGAGAAGGAAGCAGAUGAGGAGGAAGAAGUAGAAGAAGACGAGGAGGGGGAUGAUGACGAUGAUGAGGAUGAAGAAGAAGAAGAAGAAGAGGAGGAGGAGGAGGAGGAGGAGGAGGAGGAAGAUGGCGAACGAAUCUUUGUGGCAAAACGUGGAAAUAGAGGGACAGUAGAGAGCGAUAAGGGGGAAAGACAGAGGAGCGUGAGCGAGCCCAUGGAGCUGAGACUGGAUCCCAUGACGCCUGCUCCGUUGAAUAUCCGGCGUUGA